AUGGGGCUGUUGCGCAACGUGUCGCGCCAGAAGAUGCUGCGGGCAGGUCGACGCCUGUUUGCCGCAGAGGUGCCGAAGACCUUGGAUCCCCCCACUCAGACGUAUCCCUUGGUCUACGGCCGCGUGGAGGAAACGGUGAUGUCCCCGUACAAGGGUGGUCCGGUCUACCUUUGGCUGCGUUCCACCAUCGUGUGGCUGCGCAGGGUUCCGGGCCGCCACUGGAUUCGAUGGCUGGAGCGCAAUUGGGACUACCAGAAGAUGUGCAUGAUGGGCAUGCCAGAGAUUCACAUCGAUCCGACCAAGAACCGCUGGCGCUACUACAUCGACACCAGCUACUACGGCGGAAUGUUGGACAAGUCCCACGAAGAUUUCUACCGCUACAUCAUGAUGUACCCGGCCAUGGCCUUCUUCUUCCAUUGCGUCUGGUGCCGCAUCAAGGACAACGACAAAGACAACUUUCUCGCCAAGUGGCGUCGCACGCGACGCCCGACCAUGGGGCUGUUGCGCAACGUGUCGCGCCAGAAGAUGCUGCGGGCAGGUCGACGCCUGUUUGCUGCAGAGGUGCCGAAGACCUUGGAUCCCCCCACUCAGACGUAUCCCUUGGUCUACGGCCGCGUGGAGGAAACGGUGAUGUCCCCGUACAAGGGUGGUCCGGUCUACCUUUGGCUGCGUUCCACCAUCGUGUGGCUGCGCAGGGUUCCGGGCCGCCACUGGAUUCGAUGGCUGGAGCGCAAUUGGGACUACCAGAAGAUGUGCAUGAUGGGCAUGCCAGAGAUUCACAUCGAUCCGACCAAGAACCGCUGGCGCUACUACAUCGACACCAGCUACUACGGCGGAAUGUUGGACAAGUCCCACGAAGAUUUCUACCGCUACAUCAUGAUGUACCCGGCCAUGGCCUUCUUCUUCCAUUGCGUCUGGUGCCGCAUCAAGGACAACGACAAGGAUAACUUCCUUGCGAAGUGGCGCGUGCCUGCCGAUGAAGCCUGA